AUGUCCAGCUGCUGCUGUUCCCCUUGCUGCCAGCCUACGUGCUGCAGAACCACCUGCUGCAGAACCACCUGCUGCCAGCCCUGCUGCGGUGGAUCCAGCUGCUGCCAGCCCUGCUGCGGUGGGUGUGGCUGCUGUCAGCCCAGCUAUUGUGGAUCCUGCUGCUGCCAGCCCAGCUGCUGUGGGUCCAGUGGCUGUGGGUAAAGCUGCUGUGGGUCCAGCUGCUGCCAGCCCCGCUGCUCGGGACCCGUGUACUGCUGUAGAACCUGCUACCUCCCCACCUGUGUCUGUCUACCUGGUUGCCUAGCCCAGGGCUGCGGAUCCAGCUGUGGCCAGCCUGGCUGCUGCUCAUGGAACCCGAAUUGUGAUAGAGAUGAUAUGUUAAUGAAACUGCCUUCCACAUCUGACACCAUGACCAGCUGUUGCUGUUCCCCUUGCUGCCAGCCUAUGUGCUGCAGAACAACCUGCUGCAGAACCACCUGCUGCCAGCCCUGCUGCGGUGGGUCCAGCUGCUGCCAGCCCUGCUGCGGUAAAUACCAAGGAGUAGAAUUACUAGGUUAUACCACUGAGAUAACCCUUUACUAG